GCGCUCCCUGCGGGCCAUGGGGGAGCCGCCGGAGCCCGGCAGUGCCUAGCGCAGGCUGCGGGCUUUCUGCAAGUCAUCGGGGCGGGCGCUGCCCUCCCGCUCCCCCUGCCCCGCGCAUCCACUCGGGAAUUUUUUUAUUUAUUUAUCUAUUUAUUUAUUUAUUUCCCUCUGCCGUGCUGUAUGUACUGGUUUCCUCGCCGCCCGCCACGGUUCACUUCCCUGUGACUCGCUUUAACACUUGAGAGCUCCGUGGAUGCUGCUAAGAGCACUUCUCUUGCCUUUGCUGUCCCUUGCUGGGAUCGGAUUCACACUGCCCGGACCCUGUGUGCCUGUAUGUGUGUUCUGAGUGUCUUGACAUUUUGGUUUUCUUUACAAGAGCUGUGCGUUAAUUGUAACCAAGACCUGUGAAUGGCCAUAGGCUUGGCUUGACCUUGAUUUUGAUGGCUUUGUUGGAAGAUCUGAUGAUGUGAUUGCAUGUCAUGAGGUGAUUGCUCUCCAGCCUCCGUGGCUCAGUGUAUAAACCACUUCUGCCACACUGUCACUCAUGGACAAUUCAGAUUUUUCUUUUAAACAAUCCAACAAUCCUUUUGGCUAUUUUUAUUUUCUCACUUCUCCUUCGCCCCUCGUUUCUCCUUAAUGUCGGGAGCCUUAUUCUGCCCUCUGAUGUGAUUGAUAGUCCUGCUUCUCCGCGCUGCCGAUUUCCAGUUUAAACUACAAUGGCUCUGAGUGGCAACUGCAGGACUUACCUUCCUGCUCGGGAGCAGGGCUCGGGGCUGCACUCCUUCCCCGAGGUGGUGGAGCUCAACGUGGGCGGCCAGGUUUACUUCACUCGCCACUCCACCUUGGUGGGCACCCCUCACUCCCUGCUCUGGAAAAUGUUCACCCCCAAGAGAGACACGGCCAACGACCUGGCCAAGGACUCCAAGGGAAGAUUCUUCAUCGACAGAGAUGGUUUCCUUUUCCGCUACAUUCUGGACUAUCUCAGGGACAAGCAAGUGGUUCUGCCCGACCACUUCCCAGAGAAGGGGAGGCUCAAGAGGGAGGCUGAGUACUUCCAGCUCCCGGACUUGGUCAAGCUCCUGACUCCCGACGACAGCAAGCAAAGCCCUGACGAUUAUUGCCACAGUGACUACGAAGAGGUGUCCCAGGGCAGCGACACGAGGAUCUGCCCGCCCUCGCUGCUGCCGCCGGAGCGCAAGUGGGGAUUCAUCACCAUCGGCUACCGCGGCUCCUGCACUAUCGGCAGGGAGAGCCAAGCCGACGCCAAAUUCAGGAGGGUCCCGAGGAUUUUGGUUUGUGGAAGGAUUUCUUUGGUCAAAGAGGUUUUUGGAGAAAGUUUGAAUGAAAGCAGAGACCCGGACAGGGCUCCAGAAAGGUACACCUCCAGGUUUUAUCUCAAGUUCAAGCACCUGGAGAGGGCUUUUGACAUGUUGUCCGAGUGUGGAUUCCACAUGGUGGCCUGCAACUCCUCGGUGACGGCUUCCUUCGUCAACCAGUACACAGACGACAAGGUCUGGUCCAGCUACACCGAAUAUGUCUUCUACCGCGAACCCUCCCGCUGGUCCUCGUCCCACUGCGACUGCUGCUGCAAGAACGGCAAGGGCGACAAGGAGGGCGAGAGCGGCACGUCCUGCAACGAGCUGUCCACGUCCAGCUGCGACAGCCAGUCCGAGGCCAGCUCGCCCCAGGAGACUGUCAUCUGCGGGCCUGUCACCCGCCAGCCCAACAUCCAGACUCUGGACCGGCCGGCCAAGAAGGGCCCGCUGCAGCUGCUGCAGCAGUCCGAGAUCCGCAGGAAGAGCGACCUGCUCCGGACUCUCACCUCCGGCUCCCGCGAGUCCAACUCCAGCAAGAAAAAGGCAGUCAAGGAGAAGCUGUCCAUCGAGGAAGAGCUGGAAAAAUGCAUCCAGGAUUUCCUCAAGAUCAAAAUCCCCGACAGGUUUCCCGAGAGGAAGCACCCCUGGCAGUCAGAACUGCUGCGGAAGUACCACCUCUAGGUCUCGUGUGGGGAGAGCACUGCUUACGUUAUCCCGAGUGACACAACAGCAAUUCCCAACAAUAACUAUUUGUUAGGUCACCUCAACCAAAAUCCAUCUCUAGUACUGCCUAAUUUGCCUCUUUCACCUUAACAUUUCUAGUCGUAGGGGAACGAUAUUUUUGCAGUCCUGGAAGCACAAUGACAAACGCUUUUGUUUGUAAACUUGGAGUCUUACACAAGCUGAAAAACCUUAAGGGCACGGCCAGGCCCACCCCGAGGGACGUUUGUGUGGCCCUGCAGCAGGCAGGGUGGGAUGGGGAGGGCUCUGUGCCCCUGCACCCUGCCCGGAGGGAGGAGCACAGCACAAAGCCCCAGCUCUGCCCCGGCAGUUUAAGCAUGUGUAUUUAUAUAUGUGCAUAUAUAUAUGUGUGUAUAUAUAUCUCUGUGUAUAUAUAUAUGUAUAUAUAUAUCAAUAUAUAUUGCUUAAAGAUUUUCUGGCUCUCUCCUUAUAACUGCACUUUCUCAGAAAAGAGCAUUUUUUUAGUCUGUGGAUGUCUGGUUUGUUCUCCAAGCCUUUGAGGGCUGAGCAGUAGAAAUCCAUCUCCCUGUCUCUCUCCUGCUCCCCUGCCGGUCCUUCUCCCCCUGGGGCACUGUGAAUGUGUCCCAGUGGAGUCCAGGGUGCCUCUGUGGGUUUGUGUCACCAUCAGCAGAAUUCUCUGUUUGUUUGGGAUGCUCCUGUCCCUCCGUGUCCUCCCACAGCUCCAGUGCUUCCCAGGCUCUCCGUGCCCGUGGGUGGAAGGGCUGCUGAUCCCCAAAGCUGCAGGGAUGGCUCUGGGCUGGCAGGGGGUGCUGGGAGGAUGCUGCACCUGCAGGUGCCAGGUGUGUGUGCCAGGAGCAGCGGGCACUGCGCCCCCUCUGCUCCACAAACCAGCCCAGCCCGCCUGGGGGGCUCUGCUGUGGGGCACAGAGCAGUGCCAGGGGAAAACACGGCCCUGGGGGAGCUCCCUGCA